AUGGCGGUCCAAGACGUGGGACAUCAUGGGCUGCAUUAUCAGCAGCAGCAGCCACGACAGCAGGGACAACAGCAACAGCAGCAGUAUCAUCAGCAGCUUCAGCAGACGCAGUGUCACCGGUCCGAACCGCAACAGCGACAGCGGCUUCAGCUGCAACAACAGCAGCAACACCGGUCGAAGCGGCGAGUGGUCCGUGUCGACCGUAUAGACAUUGCUCCGGCAGAUGGGGUAACCUGGACGAACAGCAUCGCCCUGCCCAGUAUUGUGGAUGUGUCGUUUGUAAGCACAUCUAUUGCGUGUCCGGACGCGUGGGCUGUGGCUUCCGACACAUCGAUGCGGUUCUACUCAGUAUCCGACCACCGGUACAUUCUUUUCACUGACGGUCCGCCAACUUCGCAGCAGCAGGGAGACCAUCGGCAGCAGCAGCAGCGUGGUCGUCAGCAGAGGCAUGAGUCGUCUUUACAUCACGCCGGUCGGAGGUGGAAGAGCACCCAGUUUACAACUGAGGCAUUCCGGGUCGCUCUCAAGGCGGCAGGAUUCCCGCAGCGAGCAGUCCGCCAUGAGGGGAUGGUCGAUGCUGUGUUAGAGACCGACCGGGUGGAGUUGGAUCGCAUCGUCAGUGAUCUAUUUCCGACUCAUCAGCCUGCUGACUGGCCGGAGGUCUUGGUGGCCAGCGGCGAGGGAUAG